AUGGUACCACGAUUACCCACGCGGACGCAGCAAAGCGAGCGUCUAUCUGCGCAUACAAUUGAGCGCUUAAUCUGCUACCUCUAUACCACACGGUUCUGGGCUAUACAAUACGGUCCAGUUGACAACGACAGCGAAGUGGUGAAGUUCUCAUCAGAUGCUUCGUAUGGGGAUAUGGGUGACCGGACUAGCUCUGCAGGAUAUAUUUGCCAGUUCUUCGGUGGACCGGUGGACUGGAGGGUAACUAAGCAGAAGACCGUGACCACGUCGACGAUGGAGGCUGAGUUAUUAGGCCUAUCAGACGCAGGAAGGAUUGGUUUUAAAUAUCCGGAGGGUCUCAUAAUCGAGUAUGACAACCGCCGUACGGUGGACUUGAUCAACGCAGAGGAUACCCUCUUCGAUACUAAGCUCAGGCACGUUGAUAUUCACGGGCACUGGCUAAGACAAGAAGUCAAGGAAGGUAGGGUGCGGAUCAAGUGGGUACUAACCGCGCAGAUGCUCGCGGACGGACUCACCAAGAUGCUACCGAGGCAGAAGCAUGAAGCUUUUGUCAGGAUGCUGGGAUUGACGGACGUGCGUUAUCUUAUUGAGGAAGAAAAAUAA